GCCCUGACACUCGGAAAGAGACUCCGUAGGCCCCAGGCAACAUGAAAACUUACACCCUUUUGGCCCAGCUUUUUUCGACUAUAGUUUUGGUUGGAUGUGCACGUGCUCAAUCUCAAGACAGGAGGAGUGCCUUGCCAAAAAUACUCCGGUCCAUGGAUCGUGCAGAUUUGGCAGAUCCAUUAUUUACUCUAAGAAACUUUGUUGCAAAGAGCACACAAAUUGAUCCAUCGAAAAGCGAGCAAGAGGCUAAAAUUAAGCAACUCCAAGAUUUGGAGCCUUGGAAACGAUCCAAAUUAAGAGCCUUGAUUGACCAAGAUGCUGAUGGAAUUUUAAAAAAGAGUUUGGACAUGGCCAAAAAUGAACCGAUAAGUCAAUUGCUUGCUAGCCGGGAUUUGGAAGACUAUAUCCUUCGUCAUGUCAUAGCACCAAUCACACCUGUCUAUGGAGUGUCCGAAACGUGCUUUAGCCAAAGCAUGGAAUAUGCUAAGCAUCUCUUCAUCAAUGCUACCCCUUGGGCGUAUCAAAUGUUGGAUUCGACUGGCAAGGCGCCAGAUGGCGUUUUGACAGAUACUCUGGACUUGUGUGAGAUUUUGAAUCGGUGGACACCACAUCCAACCCUCUGCGACUCCAUCCCUGCGUUAUGGGAUGUCAUCACCAUACCAAAAGGCAAUACCAUGGCCCUCGGACACUACGAGGGAUGUGUGGCUGCUCAGACAAAUGGAGUAUUGUCUCAAGAUGGGCCGGGAGACUUUGUGGGCAACUUUUGCUUUGCUGACUUGGUUGCGUUUGAAUUUGAAAAUCCUCCAAAACUGAAAAAGUCCUUAGGAUACUUGGACUUACUCCACCCCAGUGCCAAAGUUCCUGGAAUCUUGGAUUGGAUCAAUCAAAUCGUACCGGAUAACAUGACUGAUGGGGAUUUGGUGAAAUCCUAUUUAGAAGCCAUCAGUGUACAAUUUGGACAAUGUAUUCCAAGCGGUUGUUCUGCUGAUGAUUUCAAUAUCAAUGCUUUUGUCAUCUACAAUGGUCUCAAAGCAACAGCUGUGGCGUUUUGUGGUACUCAAGAAUAUGAUGAUCAAUUCACUUCACUCUCUAGUACAGGCUACGGAAUGGUAGGUCUAUUUGGUACCAUUGGAGCAUUUAUUGCUAUUUCCACCAUCGUUGAUAUGAUAUUGAUAUCAUAUGAUCUAGAAACGGACACAAUCAAGGGAAUUUUGGAUGGAAGUUACUGAAGAGUUUCUCAGCAAUAAGCAAUGGCAAAAAGGUUCUCAACACAAGCUCAACCAGCUCUUUAAACUUGAACUGUUUGAAUGGAAUCAGGGUGAUUUCUAUGGUCUGGAUUAUUGUUGGCCACACAUACCUUCUUUUUUCAGGUGCUCCAUCGACCCGACCUCUCUUGGCAGAGAACGUAAAUAUGGCAGAAGGAGAAGAUGCGUCGAUUGGUUAUGAACUAGUCCUGAACGCCUUUUCAGCGGUGGACACGUUUUUCUUCAUGAGCGGGCUCUUGGUCGCU